AUGCCGACGGCAAACAAGGGCGUGCUCGUGAAAUGCGACCCGGCCACGAAGCAGUAUCUGCUCCAUCUUAACGAAACUGCAGUGCAGCAACGGUUUGUGAUUGAAGACCUUGACGACACGCACUUGUUUAUCGUGCCCGAUCCCAAGGUCAUCGCUUUUAUCGAGAAAAAGAUGGACGAGUGGAACGAAAAGAACACGUACCAGCCGCCGACGCAGUAA